GUUAGUUCCUUCUUGCUGUGACGUCUUUCCUCUAGCGCAAAUUUAACAUAUCACAUGCACUUUAUACGUGAAGCCAGGCCUAGACAUGGCCUAGCCCUAGAGCAUAUCCUAUACCAGUAGUUGUUGUGUUGUGCCUCGCACAAACCGCAACCGGUACAGCAGAGAGAAUUGUUUGAAACUCGUAAGCCAAAGUUUUAUUGUUUCGAAACAACUCAAAAGUGGCAGCUGGUUUCUCAGAUUUGAAACAAGAUCCACAUUGCAGGAAACAAGUUGUCUGGAUUGAAGGUAAUAUGCCUAAAGCUUAAACAACCCGUUGUGUGUGUAUUAAUUAGUCAAAUCAGUCAGUUUAACCUUAUAGGUUCAGAAGAGAAAAAUAAUUAUAGUUGGCAGCCAUCAGCAGUGCAUCAAACUUGGUGUAUAUUAGUAUCAGUACAAACUUAAUAUUAAAAGAAAAUUUGGACCUGUAUAAGUCUGUUAAUUACUUCAACAGUAUCCUGUGACUUUUGUUUUGGAUCUACAGAAUAGCAUGCAGUACCAUAAAGUUAAACGCUGGUUUCUUGCUAUUGCACUUAUUGUAUUUGGAUUGUUUUUAUGUCAAACAUUUUUCACACUGUACCAUUUUUACACCACAAAGCCACAGAAAGCAAAAGCUUAUUGUAAUACCAAGCCUCCAUUUCAAGUUGAAACCAUUAAAGAAGAUAUGCCAAUAAUUUAUGGAUUGACUUCCACAUACAAAAGAUAUCUGCAGCUACCAGAACUCACUCGUUUAUCACAGACUCUUCUCCAUAUACCAAAGUUUCACUGGAUACUGACAGAGGAUUCAUACCAGAAAACUAAAACAGUAACAAAGUUUCUGCAGAAAUCAGGACUUAAUUACACGCACCUAAACACAAAGAACAAUAUUCCACCAACGAAGUUCAUAAAAGACUAUAAUACCAGAAGAAUGGGACUGAAUUGGAUCCGUGAAAACGUACCACCGACCAAAGAUGCUAUCGUGUAUUUUAUUGAUGAUGACAACACGUACUCGUUGAAACUUUUCGAUGAAAUUCGUGCAACAAAGCGCGCUGCUGUGUGGCAGGUGGGUUUAGUUGGUGGCAUACUCAAUGAAGGCCCAGUAAGAUGUGAAAACGGGAUGGCUUUGGAAUGGAAGGCCUAUUGGUGGCCUGACAGAUUAAUCCCAAUUGACAUGGCUGGCUUUGCACUUCAUGUCAAAUUACUCUUCGAGAGACCGGAAGCAGAAUUUCGUGAUCUGCCAGAUAUGGAAUCUGACUUUUUAAGCUCACUUUGUGUGACGCGUGACAAUAUUGAAGCCAAUAACUGCAAUGAUGUCUUAGUGUGGCACACUCAAACGAAAACACCAGAAGUCGAAGAGUAAAGAAUGAAUGAAUGUAACUUACUCUAUCCUCGCGUGGCCGAAAAACGACAGUCGUUAUAACAAGGGUGUUCAUACACCUCGUGCCAGCUUACGACCAUGUAUAGUAGGGUGGGGGAAGGUGGGACACAUUUUAACUCUAAUUUCUCGUGCAAUGUGGUAGUACACAAGGAACUUUCAAAGAAUUAUAGAACUAUAUGCUCAAGACUCCACUAGACCAUUGUUAACUGUUUAAAACACGAUCAGGAUAUUCGGAUAAUAUGCGCCGAAGGUGUCCCAUCUUCCCCAAUCCCACUAUAUGUUACUUUGUGGGUUAAUGCCAUCUAUGGCGUCGCGCAGUGGCUAAGAGCGCUCUCAUUACACCAGCGGUAAUGGGAUAUGACAUAGGCGCCGAGUACGCGUAGGCGCGGAGGCCUCACGACUCCCAUAGACCGUUGUUAAUUGUUUAAAACACAAAACACGGUCAGGAUAUUUGGAUAUCAUGUGCUAAAGGUAUCCCGUCUUCCCACAACCUAUAUAAAAUAUUUAUCUCCCAAAUUACAUAUGAAAUGAUAUAACGAGUAAGGGGCACACUAUAGGUUUAUUUAAAACAACUGCUUUAUAGCUGUCGGUGCUCAUAUUAAUGUGCAUGUUAUUGCGCAAUAACAGAACUGUGAUAAUUAUAAACGUUUAAAUAUACGAAAAGACCUACAUUUUCUAAAAAAAUAUGUAUAUGUAAAUGAAGAUGUACGUGUAUUGCUUAAUAUUCAACCUUUUUCUCGACAC